UAAAGGGAAGCAUUGCUGCAAUAUGAAGUUUGACCUACCAAAUAGAGAGUCUUGACUCACAAAGAUCCAGAAAUAUGGCCGGUGAAGUUCUUUACUCCAGUGUGAAGUUUCCUCAGGAAAACAAAGGCAGAAAAGCAGCUGAUCAAACCAGCAUAGGAGAUGGAAAUGAUGUCACCUAUGCUGCCGUGAAGUUUGAAGAAGCUCCAAGUGCCCAGAAAAAGGGAAAGGAAAGUGAUGUCGCCUGUGCUGCAGUGAAGUUUUCAGAAGCUCCAUGUGACCAGCAACAGGAAACCUCCAUUGGCACAUCUGAUACUUCUGUCUGCAGAGUGCCUUCAUGCAGACAGGUUGCAUUUGGCGUGACGUUGCUGUGCUUGCUCUUAAUGGCUGUCAUGAUAUUCUUUGCAUUCUACUUUGUGGGCACCCUUAAAGGUGUCCCGCACUGUCCACAAGAAUGGGACCUGUCCAGUGGCAAGUGUUACUACUUCUCAACUAAUACAAUGAACUGGAGUUCCAGUCAUGAAAACUGCACAUCAAUGGGGGGUGAUCUGGUGAUUAUAGAGACUGUGGAAGAACAGAGAUUCCUAUCAGAAAAAACUAAGCAGAUCCUGAACAAUACUGGUCUUAACACAAAUGAACAGAUGUCGCACUGGAUCGGACUGACUGAUGUGGUAAAAGAAGAAGACUGGCGCUGGGUGGACAACAGAACUCUCAAUAGUACAGUAUACUGGGCCACUAGACAGCAUGAUGGUGGUAAAGAGCCAGAUGUCUUUAGUCAAAAGGACCCAUCUGGGGAGGACUGUGCACAUCUACUUCCAGUAAAGAAUAACACCAUGAACAUCUGGUACGAUGCAUCAUGCUCCUCUCAGUUUAAAAGGAUCUGUGAAACAACACCACAGCUGCUCUAGACAAUCCACAAGCA